AUGUCGAUCCCUAGAGUCAAGCUCAAUGACGGGACCUCGAUCCCAGUUGUAGGCUUCGGGACGGGCUCCGCUUUCUAUCAAAAAGAAUGCCGUGAGGCCGUGGCGGGGGCUCUGGAAACGGGUUUCGAUUCGUUGGACCUGGCUCAGUCUUACGGUAAUUCAGAGUACGUCGGACAAGCCAUCAAGGAAUGGGGAGGGAAACGAGAGGAUCUAUACAUCUUGACAAAGUUCGUUAAACGCAAUGGAACUGUGGAUCCUCGCGGAUCUCUCCAGGACGAAUUGGAAAAGCUCGGAGUAGACCACGUCGACAUGUUCCUCAUCCACAAUCCUAAUGCGAUCGCCGACGUAUCCUACGCUGAUGUCUGGAAAACCAUGGAAGACCUAAAGAAGGAAGGCCUGACCAAGUCUAUCGGCGUUUCAAACUUUAUGCAAGAGCAUUUGGAGCAGCUGGAAAAGGUAUGGACGGUGCCUCCGGCGGUCAACCAGAUCCGGUAUAACCCCGCUCUGGCACUUACACCUGCCGUCGCCAAAGCCAAAGAAAUCAGCGAUAAACAUCACAUCCAUCUUCAGGCUUAUGGCCCUCUUGGAUCAUUAAAAGCACCAGGCGGCAACGAAGACGCUGUCGUUGAGAGGAUUGCCAAAGAAAAGGGGGCGACGCCCGCACAAGUCCUUUUGGCUUGGGCGGCACAGUAUGGAGGAGGUACAGUCGUGACCACCUCUCGAGAUGCUGAGCGACGAGGGCAGAUGCUAGAGGCGUUUACCAAAAUGUCUCCUUUGAGUGAGAAGGAGAUCCAGGAGAUCGCGAAAGCUGCAAAGAAGGAUUAG